UUUUGUUGAGCUGUGUUAAUAAGUUGUAAGAUGGCGGGGAACGGUGCUUAAAUUUACUGAUAUAGGUAACAAAACAAUGCAGUGACACGCAUUAUCCACCAUAUUUUAUUUUAAUUCCUCAUUUGCAGCGCUUGCUUUCAUGAAGUAGCCGGGUCUGGAGAUUGGUCCAUAUUCUGGGAACGUGUGCAAGAGAUGGAGGGAGAGGUGGGUCUCGUGGCUGGCCGCAGUCAGCGAGAGAAGAGGAGAUCCUACAAAGAUCUUCUGAGAGAGGAGGAGGAAAUUGAUGCUCAAGUGCGCAAGACCUCAAAGAAACGACGUGAUUCCGAUCCCUUUGCAGCUGGAAAUGAACUUCACAAGAAAAAGAAGAGAACUCAUGAGGACGAAAACUAUCAUCAUAAAGAAAAGAGCCAUGGCCAGUCGUUGCAUCACAAGAAGAAAAAGAAGAAAACUACUCCGGAGGGGAGAUCCUCCCAUAUGUCCCACGCCCACUCCUCCUCCACCUCCUCCUCCAGCUUCAUGCCCUCUGCAUCCCACACCGCCUCCACCGAGACGGCCAUGGACCUCCUCCAAGCCAUCACCUCCCCCCUGGCCACGGGAUCAGACCCAAGCCCCCCUCACCACCAACAACACCACCACCAGCCCUACAAGAAGUCCUCCAACACCACCCACUCGCACCACCACCACCACCACCACACCUCCUCCCAGCGGAAGCAACAGCAGAGGGGAGAGGACUGGGACACUCCGCCCCACGCCGCCCGGCCGCGGCCCCCCAAGAAGAAGCCGCCCCUGGUCAGGGAGACGCUGCCGGUGGUGGGCACCGAGGUGGAGCUAGAAGGACACUAUGACGGACCAAUGGGCAUCAUGGGGGACAGCUCGUCGUCGGCGGAGGAGCUGGAGGACGGCGAGCUGAUCAUCGACGACUCGUACGCCCAGCUGGCUAAGAAGGCCAAGAAGAGCAAGAAGAGUAAGAAGAAGAAGGAGAAGGAGAAAGACAAGGAGAAGGAGAAGGAGCGGGACAAGAAGCACAGCCAGAAAGGAGCCAAGAAAGUCUCCAAAGGAGGGAGCUCCUCCCACUCGUCUGGCAUGGCCAAUGGGGGAGCGGGGUACCAGUUUGGGAUGGCAGACUCCGCAAACCACCGGCAGAGCGACGAGAAGAAGAAGAAAGAGAAGAAGGCUAAACCUGAGAAAGACAAGAAGAGGAGGACUAUCACAGCAUACCAGGUGUUCUGCAAAGAGUACAGAGCCAGUAUCAACGAGGAGCAACCAGGACUAGAUUUUGGCGAGUUGGCAAAAAGGUUAGGAGAUGCAUGGAAUCAGUUACCAGAGGGAGACAAAGAGGUGUGGAAGGAGAGGGCUCAGUACUUGCAGGCCAAGGCGGAUUUGAAGUCGGGCAUGUCUUCGGGCAAAUCUGUCUCCCAGUCCAGUAGCUCUGCGGCAGCUAAAGCUGAGAAGCCCAAAGCUGUGAAGAGGGUGGAGAGUAGGCCGGUUCUCCUGCAGACCAACGGAGUGUCGGCGCUGGAGGCGGAGUCGGCUCCGUCUCCCGGCGAGGUUCCGGAGGUGGACCCCAUCGAUGCCGCCGCCCACCUGCAACUCCUGGGGGAGUCGCUAUCCGUCAUCGGCUGCCGACUGCAGGAAACUGAGGGCAUGGUGACGGUGUCGGGCAGUCUGUCUGUGCUGCUGGACGCCAUGCUGUGUGCUCUGGGGCCCCUCGCCUGCCUCACCGCUCAAGUCCCCGAGCUCAACGGCUGCCCACAACACAUACUGUCCAAGACCCUGGACAACAUCGCCUAUGUGAUGCCUGGCUUGUAGAAGCCCCCCCGCCAACCCCGCCCCGCCCCACAGGAGUAGGACACCCCAUACUGCCACUACAGCACCCAGUUCAGUACGGGGUGGAGAACAGGAGAGAGGCCCUGGAUGGAUCAGACCACACACUUUCUUUGUUUUAACAUUUUAAAUAAGGGAAGACUUGAAGCAUUGCACAGAUUUGCACUGGACAUACAAAAACACGGACACUUCUAGUUUUAACCAUGAUCCCAUUUUUAACAUUUGUGACGUUUUUUUUUUUUUUUCUUGUUUCUUUCAUUUUCAUAUGUUCUAUUUACAAUUAAAGGUAUUUUAGUGAAUUGUUUAAA